ACAUGUAGGCUGCACGCGUGUCUAGACAACCUCAGUGAGUAUCCCAUGAUGGAUGCCACAGACACCCAGGGCUCUGGUGCCAAAGUAACCUCUGACGUCUCACGCGCUAUUGUCACACGCCUGUCAGAAUUUGUGGACAACGAGAUAUUUGUGCCACUCUUCUCAGCGAGCGAACUGGCGCGUUUCGGACCUGCCCAGAGAAAAGAGGUGCAGACGUCCAUGGAACGCCGGUGCUGUGCGGCGGUCAAGAUAGCUCUGAAUGCCCUGCAAUUGGGUACAUAUGCCUCGGUGGUGGCCCUGCGGGAUGUUGUUGUGGAUGACAUUUUGAACAAACAUCUCAUCCCUGCCUGGGAGGCUCUGGGCCCUACUACUGUGGUUGUGUCGCUUGUUAUAAAGAUUGCCAACGCCCUGCCCGCUGAUUGGCUCACGGAUCUAACGAAGUUGGAAGAACUGUCACAGUUGUACAAAUUCCGGAAUUGCGUCAACACGCUCUAUAUAGAAAGCAACAGACGCGCUAACGAAGCCAUAGACAACACCGAGUUGGGGAGGGUGCGGGCCUUAUUGUAUGAUGUCAAACUAUAACUUGGAUGCCAGGGGGGUUUAUAAUAUAAAAGAGUCGACCCACUAGCACUUAAAUACUCUUAAACUAUUCUCAAAAGCAAAUUCAAGAUGUCAAACUCAACUUCAACUUAGGUGCGAAGGGGUUCACAAUAUUAAAGAAUCGACCC